CCGGGCAGGGACACAACUGGGCUGCGUCGGGGAGGGGACGCUGUAUAGGCGGGUGGCAGCUUUUCCUUCCCCUUUAGGGACUGAGAAACGGCUGGCUGCACAGGCGCCGCAGCCCAGGGGCGCCGAAGGGCUUGUUAACCUCCCAGCCUUCAGGUCCCCGGCCCCCCCCCGCCGUAGUUUCCUUUUCUUUGCAAACCUAGCCUGCCCGCCUUAGCCUCAGCCUCGGUCCGUCACGGCUCGGGGCGACUGAGUCCCGCUGAGGCUUCGCUCGCCGGGAUCCGUUUCGUGACAACCGAAAGUAAAAAGGCGGGCUGCGGGGAGAACGGGACUUGCUGUCGUGGGUCGCGGCUCUCGCCACCGACGCCGUCUCCGCGCGCCCAGGCUUAUCCUCAAAAGAACUUUUCUGAUAUAGCUAAUCUGCUUCUGAUUUGAGUGAUGUCCCAGCAGGCACCAUGCUGGUGAUGGCAUGGCCACUAUGGAACUCUUUUGGAGCAUGGCACAGGCUAGGGACUCAGAAAACAUACCUGAGAAGUAUUUGUCUCUACUGCCAGCAGUAUCUUAUUCUGAAGAGACAUUUUCUCAGCUUUUUAAAUAAUGCAACUGGAAUAACCAUCUUCAUUCUUUGCUGCAUCAGUGCAUAUCUACCAAGAAUAGAAGCUGAAAGAAGAAGGUGGGAGGCGGUUAUAGAGGAUUUGCAUGUGAUUAAAGGCAUAACUGAUAGCACUGAUGCCUGUUUAUACACUACAUAUACAGACAAGCCAGAUGAGUGCGAAAUACAAGUGAUGGAAUGCUUUUUGUUAGAGUUGAAAGUGAUUUCCCAGGAAUGUGAAAUCAGAAAAGGAUGUAAAAUCAAACAGUACAUACGCAAUGUGCUGGCAAAUGUAAAAGCAAAUUUACCAAAGAACACAAACAGUCCGAACAGGAAUAAAAUAACAUGCAAACAAUGUGAAGAGUACGAAGAAGGGAAUUUUACCUACUUUAUAGAGAAUUUCGAAGAGUUUGCAAAACACAAGCUGAAAUUUUUACUGCACGUUUCUAAAUAGGCUUCCUUUUUGAAAGUGCUUUAUGGAAACUCCAUAAACUUUUCUGGCACUUCAAGCAAUAUAAUCACUGGAUGAGCGGACAGACAGAUUGGUUGGCUAGAACUUUGUAAGACAGAAAGGCAGAAAAAACCAAACACAGCCAAGAAUAAUCUGAACUAUAAAAUGCGCCACAGACUAUUUUAUCUUUUUAUUUUUAAUUUACUACUUCCUCUGAGAAGCUAUUAAAAUGUAAACUUAUGUGUAUUUCAUAAACAUUUCAGGUAAGUAUUUGCUCUUUGCAUGUCUCAAUAAUUGACUACUACUUAGAAAACAUAGUAACUUGUACUGCAAAUAUUUUAUUUUCCAGGAAAGCUAAACUGAUGUAAAUGAGAAUAUAUAUAUAAAUCACUAACCAGUAUGUGUUUGGAGUCCUCCUCUGUGCCCAAUCCCCACAGGAUCAGAGUCUGUCACAGUCCCCAACUACAGAACCUGGCUUUUUAGCUUAGGCUGUACAGUCUCAUGCUUUAAUCUCUGGAGAGCCCUAUUUCAGUUCCCUGCUGAGAGCCCAGAUAGCAAUCACCACAUGUGUAAAGUCAUGGGAAACAGUGGCACACAUAGCUCUGACCGUAAUAAACAGGGUUCUGAUCCUGCAAGUUGCCCCCUGUGGACAGACCCCUGUGGCCAAGUAAUACCCUACUGAUUUCAGUGGGGCUCUACAUAGUUACAGCACUCUGCUUUCAUAGAACAGCUUACAAAAUCAGGGCUUACAUGUGUGGAAACCAGAGUCUGGAUUAUCAGAAAAAUGCUGGACUAAAAGAGGCAGCUGUAAAUUGAAACUGUCUGAAUCUGUCUGCUUUUUAUAACUUUCACUGAUGAAGUGAAUAAAAUGGAUACUCACAAUGAUGCAGUACAGUGAAAAUGCAGUGAUGGUAAAACAUUUGAGUAAUUGUUCUAACAGGAAACAGUCACCCCCAUCAAGGAAUAGAAUGAAAAGAUGAAGGGGAUUGAAGUUACCAAAAGCUGAUACUUAAUAUCACAAGCAUCUACCCCAGUCAAAUUUUCAGGCACUAGUAAGAGACUGGCAAUAGACUGUUUGCCAAGCUAGUUGUGAUUUCCUGCUCUCUCUUUUCUGGUUUUAUUGAGUUUGAAGUGCAAUGACAUUCUGGACCAAAUUCUGUUUGCCUUACCCAACUAAUCCCAUUGAUUUAAAUGAGAUGAACGUAUGAGUAAAGCCAGCAGGAUUCAGUUCUAUAUGUGCGCAGGCCAAAAAGUACAUUUUUUCCAUUGUGCCAUUUAUAUGUAGUGUGGGAAGAUGUAACUAGAAAUUAACUGUAUAGCUCAAGAAAUUAGUCAUGGCAUAUAGAGUUUUCCACCUGUAGGAGCCUGAUUUCUCUUUUGCAUGCCCACCAAAAAUUCCAAUUCAUCAGUCCCUGGGUUAGCAAUUAGAAUCUGGUCAAGAAGUUGGAAAUAUGUGAAAGCUAUUACCAUCUGAUGACUGUGUAGUGGUCUAUAUGAAAUGAAUUGGUGAUUUUUCUCAGUCUAGUUCCUACUGAACAGAUGUCUAUCAUAAAAAUCCCUAUAAAAAUUGGCACUGUUUUGUCAGUCUCAACAGAAGGAUUGAUCACCGAAUCUGUGCAUUUCUAACAGGAGGGAUGACUACAGCAGGUUAGGAAGCCAUUCUGGAAGUUACCUCAAGGGAGUGGAAAGCCUGAGUGGUAGCAGAAAGGACAUAGGAGUGGCUCAGUAUUCGUCAAAUUCUGUGAUACUGCCAAUUCUCUAAGAAACCCAUCCAAUUUCUGAUGCAGCCAGUGCAAGUCUCCCCAUUGAUUUUAAUAGGAGUUUGAUCAGGCCCUUAGAGUUUAAAAAUCAGCUAGACAAAUUCAGACUAGAAAUAAGAUAAAACUUUUUAACAGUGAGGGUAGUUAACCAUUGAACAACUUACCAAAGGUUGUGACGGCGUCUCCGUGAGUAGAAAUUUUGAAAUUAAGAUACACUCUAGUUCAAGCACAGCUUGAAUUCAUGGUUAUCCUAAGGCUUGUGCUCUUCAGGAGGUCAGACUACAUGAUCACAAUGGUCUCUUCUGGCCUUAAAGUAUAAGAAAGUCACAUGAGAAAUGGAUUAUAUAUGAAUCAAAUAUAUUUUGAGAGUAAUAUUGUUAAUUCACUAAGUCCUGUUUCCCUGAACAAGAAACAAACUACAGCAAGCAGUUUCCUUACUCAGAAAUCCACGAGUCUGCCACUCCAGUGAGCUCGAUACCCAAGAAGCCCUGUCUCUAGCCUCUGUUUCUCCUCUGGGGGUCACACUGACCACUCCUUCUCCAGGCUCCCCCUUCCCCCAAAGAUACAGGCACCCUCUGCAUUUGCAGGGAAACCCCCCAGUCCACAUGGCUUAGCUCUGACCUACCAGAUGGUCUAGUUCCUUUGCCAGUAGCACCCCCAGCUCCCGCAGCUGUUUUUAUUACAUAAAGAGGCUUGAUUGUGCCUUCUUUUGAGCUUGAAAAAGAGUACUUGGCACGGCCAUUGGCUUAACAAGGUUUGUGAUUGGCUUUGGAUCCAAGACCAUCCUCUACUCCCGAUGGCAGCCAUUAACAUCUUUCAGCAGAACAAGAGAUUAGGUGGCUCUGAGUUUCCUCUUUAUGCCAGAUCGAUACAAAUGUUACUAUGUUUGUUUAAAACUGGUGAGACUGAAUGGAAAAUUAAGCCCACUAUUUUCUCCAGUGCCAACAUUUAGACGCUGUAUUUUUCUGUAUGGGAUUGUGAAUCUUCUGUCAAAUAAACAUUUACAUAAUGUUUGGGGUGGAAAUUAUUUGUUGUGCAAUAGAUCAGCCUACAGCACAAAUGUAUUUUUAUUUCAUAAUGUGCUUGUUCUAUCUUCACAGAAGUGUAUUCUGUUGUUUUGUUUGCUUUGCCCAGAUGGCAAAUGUGCCAGUAAGUUUAUCUGGCCUGAAUUCAUUCUAUUUUUAUAGAAAUAAAAAUCCUCUUUUGACAAGGAAGAUGUACACCGUAUUUAUGGAUAAAUAUAGACAGCUGUUAUAGACAAUGGAUAUAUUAACAUUACACUGUAUGAACAACUCACAUGGGACAAAAUGAAAUGUUUUCAAUCUAAUAUGUGGUCUCCAUGUCCCAAAAUUUAUUAAAUGGUGAUAACCACAGUCAUGGUAGGAAAAAUUAGAUUAAAACAGGGAAAGAAAUCAAUGUACAUCUUCUAGCAUGGAACAUAAUACAAUCAAAUUUUUUCCAUGGUCGUGGGCAGUUCUGGAAAAUGCAUAAUAUGUUGCUAAAGAAAAAUGGAAUUUACCAUAAUUGAUACUCCUGGAUUCUUGUGCAGUAUUUAUAAAUUAAGAUAACUAAUUCCAGUCAUGAAGCAAAUACUUAAUGUCUUUUGAUAUAGAUUAUACAGUACAUAAUCCAUGCUGGCACAUAAUUUGCUUGAACAGUAUUCCUGAGUAAAGUCCAAAUGUUCUCAUCCUGUCAGCAAUGUCAUAAGUUUCCAUUUUCCACUGGUGCUAUGGGGACACUUUAAUUUACAUCAGCAUUUAUAAACCAUUUGUUGUAGCAAAAAACAUCAGCCACUGUGUUAGAGACCAUGGACUGAUUGCUGUGUAUCCAGCUCAUGACAAAUAAAAGGUUUGGUUUGAUUUA